AUGAUUUUAAAAUGGCGGACAUCCAACUACUGGCAUUGUUUUUAAUGUUUGGAUUUGUUUCCUGUGAUUUAGGAAACAUUCUACAGAUCCAUUACCCGGACAUCUCGCUGGAAGCUGAUGACAAUGGCAAUAUUACCUUACAGUCGGGCGCGGACGCCAGUGUGUAUCUGAUCCCGGGACCCGGGGGCACGGUGUACUUUGAAGGAGAGGACAUCUUACACCUUAUUAAGGUGAUCAACGGCCUGCCUCCUGUCUGGAAGGAUCACUCAUCUAUCGGGUUCUUCAAGACAGCGUUCGGCGGCGAUAACGUCAACGUCAAACUAGAGGCGUUGGACCCAGACAAUCAGGAGAUCCAGUACAGUCUGGUUGCCGGCACGAUGCCCCCGGGUCUUAUGAUUUCAAACAACUCAGAAAUAGCGGGCCGGGUACCUGACUUGGACGCCAUCUACAGUUUCACGAUCCGGGCAACUAACGUCAACGACAAGUACGCGGACGCCGUUUUCAGGAUGCAGAUUAUAGAGCGGAACCAGUGCCUCCCGACACCCCCUUGUAAGAACGGAGCAACGUGCGUGGACCAGACCGGAAACAUCCCUUACAAGUGCAUCUGUCCCGAUAGAUUUAGUGGCAUGGACUGCGAGAAAGAUUGUCGCUCAAACAGCCUAGAGGUUAACAGCACUGUUGCGGUCCCGCAGGCUAUGAUGAGCGCGUACCUCACUCGAGAAAACUACACAGCCACGGACGGGCGUCUAGGGAGCACUUCCGGGGACGGCAAGGGCUGGUGCGGUGCGGACUCAAACUCCUGGCUGCAAAUUGAUCUCGGACAACAAGCCCAUAUCUUCGGCGCCGUGAUGCAGAGCUACAGCAGCGCCUACUACACAGGCAGCUACUUUCUCUCCUACAGCGUUGACGGUGCGACGUUUAUGGACGUGGAGAACAUUGCUAACGUAACAUCAUCCACAUCAACCGCCAGCUCUGUCAACAAAUUUACAUUCGCCGGUUCCUCGAGCUCGUCAAGUGCCACUGACUACCUCCCGUUGCCCGUGCACGCCCGCUUUGUGCGGUUCCAUCCGGUCAGCUAUAGCUCCAGCAAGUUCCCGUGCAUGAGGGUCGACCUGCUAGGUUGCGUCGACUAAGCCUUACAUGCUGGGACCGCAAACAAUCAUGGAAACACACUAUGAUAAUAAUACGAGUGUGAGGGUUAUUGAACUGCACAUCGAUGUUAAUGAUAAAGUGACACUCUUAUUCCAAAUUAAUACAUACACAUGUAUGACAAAUUUUGACUGACAAACCUUUAACUAUACUUGCUCAAUAAUGCAUUUAUGGAAGAUAUUAACUACUGACAAUAAUAUUGUAACCGUGCCUUUAAUAGCAGAAAGUGCAAAAUGUUUAAUGAUUGGUGAAUGCUAAAAUAUUUACUGUGAUCUACUUAAGUCUCAUCAGGUAGAAAUACUGUGUGUUAUGCUCAUUUCUUUCUAAUAAACUCGG